UUAUGGGGGAUCCAGGACCCCGAGACGGGAUGGACCCUGACCGACCGACGGCUGCGAAGAAUUCACUGAGGCGGUUCAUACCGGGAUAAAAAAUAUUUUUUGUGAGCAGUCAUAAACAAGCAGUCAGUGAGCUGCAGAGGAGGCGGUGUUUGCUGGGAUUCAGUCAGAGCCACAGUUGCGGCUGGUAGGUUAACGAGGAGAGGGGGACGUGAGGAAACUGGGAAGGCAGCACUUUUUAAACACCUCGGGAUCCGAAGGGCGACGAUAAUGGAUGAAUUGUUGAUUAGAAGCCGGCCCGGUCAGCCCAACACAGUCGGAGCAGGGUGGGUUCAUCCGGUGUGAAAUCAGUCGGCUGUAAUCUGUUGGCCUCUCCUCCGCCGGGCGGCGAUGUCCGCGUUCUGCCUAGACCUGCAGACGUCUGCCGUGGUUUCAGCACCACUGGAGCUGGACAGCGACUGCAUGGAGUCCCGGGCUAGCCCCACCGCUCAGGAGCCCGGCGGCUUUCAGGGUCAUCCGCUGCGGCACGCCGGUUCCGGAGGCCUCGGCAUGGCCUUGGAGGAGGAACUGGCCAUGCUUACCGGGGAGCGGGGAGGUGAGGAGCAGCUCUCAGACCCAGAGACGCCUGCGGUGGGGCAUAACGCAGACUUGCUGUCGCUCUUUCGCCAAAAGGAAAAAGACUUGGUUUUAGCUGCUAAACUCGGCAAAGCGUUGCUGGAGAGAAACCAAGACUUGACCAAGCAAUAUGAGAAAAUGCACAAAGAUCUCAACGAGAAAUUGGAGCACUUGGAGCAAGAGAAGCAUGAGCUGCGACGGCGUCUGGAAAGCCGGGAGGGGGAAUGGGAGGGCCGGGUGGCCGAGCUGGAGACGGAUGUCCAGCAGCUGCAGGGCGAGCUGGAGCGACAGCAAGUCCAGCUGAAAGAAGCUGACAGGGACAAGACCAAGGCCAUCAGCGAGCUCUCAGAACAGAACCACAGACUGCUGGAGCAACUCAGUAGGGCUGCAGAGGUGGAGAGGCAGCUGUCCACUCAGGUCCAUUCAUUACGGGAUGACUUCAGGGAGAAGAGUGUGUCCACACGCCAGCACAUGACACGACUAGAGACUCUACAGGCUGAGUUGCGGCAGAGCCAGCUGGAGCUGCUGGAGGUCCAGGUGUCCCACAGGCAGCUGGCCGCUAGGUUGGAGGAGCUGACGGAGGAGCACAGCCUCCAAACUCUGACCCCCCAUCCCUCCAGCCUGCUGUGCGAGAUAGAGCAAAGUAUGGAGCAGGAGGAGCAGGAGCAGGAGAGGGAGCAGCUACGUCUUCAGCUAUGGGAGGCCUACUGUGAAGUUCGCUCACUUUGCUCUCAUCUGCGGGGAAACGAUGUCACGGAUUCAGCGCUGUCCACUGACUCUUCCAUGGACGAGUCCUCUGAGACUUCCUCAGCCAAGGAUGUGCCUACUGGGAGCCUCCACACCAGCUUGCUAGAGCUACGGAGGCUCACUCAGAAUCUGCUGGAUGGCAAUGAGUCUACGGGCUCACGGCGUAGUGAUGAGGAGGCUCUGGAGGAGCAGGUGAGGAAACUGGGAGAAGAGUUACGGGAAGUCAGAGAGCUGUAUGAGGCGGAGCAGGACAAAACACGCGGCAAUGAAGAUGAGCUGCUGCAGCUGCACAACCAGGUGGCACUGCUCUCUGUAGAGAUGCGCUCUCUCCAAGAAGAGAACGAGCGAAUGAGGACAAUGGCUGAAGUUCGAGAACCCAGCGAGCAGCUCCAGAGUGCGAUCAGAGACCGAGACGAUGCCAUAGCUAAGAAGAAAGCGGUGGAAAUGGAGCUGGCCAAAUGUAAAAUAGACAUCAUGUCUCUGAACAGCCAGCUGUUGGACGCCAUCCAGCAGAAGCUCAAUUUGUCGCAGCAGCUGGAGGCUUGGCAGGAUGAUAUGCACAGAGUGAUUGACCAGCAGCUGAUGGACAAGCACCAGGACGAGUGGCGCGCGGCCCCUACAUCUCUGUCGGGGUCGUCCGUAACCCACAGGGGUCAGUCCUCAAGAAGAGCUCAGCGCAUCUCCGACCGGGACAAGAGACUUUUCUCUUUUUUCAAAAAGAACUGAACCCUAUCAUGCUGGCCCUGAGCACAGCCGACAGACGCAGACGGACGAGGCGCAGGACAAGGAGGGUAGUGACAUCCCAAUACAGGGGGUAAAAACACAGCCAAAGACAGGCAGUGGCACAUGCACACUGAGGUAUUUUUUUGGGGAGUGGGUCAUUUUGCACUUUAUCUGUCCCAUUAUUCUUCUCCUUAGUGAUUAAUUGGUGACUGCUGACAGUGAGUGAAAUGUUGAGAACUUCCCCAGAGGCUUUGGCUUAAGCCCCUCACAUAGAAAGCAAUUGAUCUUACAGAGCAUGAACAGGGUCAUGAAAUGUACCUCCAGAAGGGGAGGUUUCCUUGUAGUGCCUAAAACUAUCUCUACUACCCCACUGCCAACUCUGUAGAGAAAGAAGACUAUUUAUUAACUCUUACUGUAUGCAUCCCAGUUAGCAGGCCAAGGAGUCUGGGGAAAGACGGGAAGAUACGUGUGACCAAGCAGGAUCGCGAAGAAAAGAUGAGGAUAGUUGGAGAAAGCUAUAAGUCUAUAAUACUAUAAGACAUGAUGACAGAAUAUGACCGCUAUCCUCCAGGUACAGAGCAACAGUGCUCCAGUCAGCCCAUGUGAUCGCUCAGGUUUAUUCAUUUGUUCAGGGGAACAUGAGGCUUGAUGUAUCAGGAAUAUAGAGUGUUGUUUACUUGGCUUAAGUGAGUGGGGGGGGGGAAAUCCCCAUCAUUUAUAGCCCCACAUCCAAACGCUCAGAGUAAGAAAAAAUAUCUCUACAGGGGUAUCACAAAUAUAUACAUACACUAUUAAAGCUGCACUAAGCAAUAUUUUUAUAGAAAUAAAUAGCUUAACGUUUGUUUGCUUUUUCUCAUUAAAUCCACGAAGACAUCACUAUCUUUAUUCCAUUAUUUUGAUUCCAACUUUUUUGGCCCUGAAAUUUAUUUGGCACAAAGAAACGUAUCUCUAAAACGACUGCUAAUGCUACAGCCCUUUGCCCAAUGGAUCAGUGAACCGUAGACUUUAUAGAAAAUUCUGGACUCUAUAGUUUUGAAACUUCAAUUUAAGCAUUUUGGCCUCUGCAUGUUGUGUUUUUGGAGCCAGAGCUUGGAUCAGACUGCGUUGAUAAGCUAAUUAGUGCUAAGUAGCAUUAAGAACAUACCAGAAAUUCAUUAACCAAAACUCCAGCAGAUGUUCUGUAUGGCACAGCUGCCGUAUAUAUUUUCAGAAGAUUCUACUUAAAAAAGUUCAAAAAGAAAAGAAACCACAUAUAUGGUGUUUAGUUCAAUUUAGCAGAGGUGAAGCCUACAGCUUCUAGCUAGCUGUUAGCACACCUGCUAGUCAAAAGGACCACACCCAAGUUUAUAGCCUUGGGUUUAUACCCUAAUGGAAUAGUUAAUUGUAAGGCUGUAAACAUGGAUUUUAACAUCCAUGUUAACAUGAGACUUUAGGGGAAUCACUCACUUUUGGAGCCAGCCUUAAGUGACUGCUGCAGGCAGUUUUUGGAACUGCUUUUUCAGCUCUGGGGAUGUGGUCAUGUUGCCAAACAACUUUAAUAAAAUUUGACAUUAUGUGUUUUUGAAGUAUUUGCAGAUAGUUCCAUUUGGAACAGUUGGUUUAGCUUUAAAGAAAUUAUUUUUCCAUUGAAAGCAGGAGAAGAAACUCAAAUCCUAAGUUGUUUUUUUUUUUUUUUAUUGUUUGUUUGUUUGUUUUGUAUAAUGCAACCAACACUCUCCGACACCUCUCCAGCCUACCUUUUACCUGUUGUACUUUACAACACUUUUUUCAGGUUAGUGUAAGUUUCUAGCUUCCUAACCCAAAAAGAAAAGGAUAAUAAUAUUUGUAUUAUAUUAAGAGAAUAUCUGAAUUGCGUGAAUGUGUAAUGAUCUGUGUUAUGAACACAGUCAGGCCUCCAUGUUCACCUCUGACACCUGAAUAAACCUUUGGGUAGCUCAAGUAAUUUACAAAGCUGUUAUUUUUCUACAUUUAAUGUUAUAUUUAAGAUUUAAAAAUGUAUAAUUUUUUUAAAAUGAUAAUCUACUGUUGAAUAUUGUCCCCAUGAUGUCAAUCAUCUUCCUAGUUGACCAAAAUUUCCAAUAUGUUUACAUCAGCUUGAGAAGAAGGCAGAACUGCUGUAUGUAGAGUGCUCAUCAGCUCUCCAUGUCAACAACAACGUGUUGAAUUUCGCAUUGUUAAAAGGCAUGUCAGUGUACAGUAACGCCACAAAACGUCCUCCACAGUGGUCAGCAUCUGCUGCUUUGCUUUGCGUUUACCACUAUCAGAAAAGUUCUACCUCCAUUCUCAUUGCUUCAGUACUUCACGGGCACUUUGAUUUCUCGGCUGCGGGAUUCCGUUCUUUCCGUAGGUGACGUCUGUCGUCGAAAAGCACGCGUUGACCUGAAAAUGCAUGGACGACUCCCAGUGUGGUGCAGCGAUGUCUCUCAUGUCUGUCUGUGUUUGAACUCACGUCUAACGCAGCUGUGCAAACCUAUGCAGAUGUCUUUGUGUUGUCUCAGCUGGUUGUAGGGGGAGGAUCAACCCAAAGAAUGAUUUUUAUAUAAAAAAAAGUAAUAGGUUUGGAUGAAAUUGAUAUAUUUAUAUGAAAAAAAUGUGUACCUUUUGAAUGAAAGUCUUUUUGUAGACAGAAGAACACCUGUAUAAUGUUGUUUGUAGACUGUAUUUUAUUUUCUUCUGUUUUCUUCUGUUUUUGUUGUUCUGGUGUGGCAUGCAGUAGAGAUUAUAGUCCCAGUCAAGUCAAUCCCAGGAGAUCAAACAACCUAAACUUUGCAUCAUGUCCACAGUCAUCCCUUAAAAACAUCACCUCACUUCAGUUUAUCUGACACGUUCUCAUACAACUUUUUGAUAAGGCAUCCCAUAUAAAUAGUUCAUAAAAUAUCACAAGUAGUUUAACUACCACUAAAUUGCUUACUAAUGCUUUAGGGAUUAUUUAUGAACAUUGGUUGAGUUUUUAAGUUUGAUUGAGAAAAAUCAAACUGCUAAUAAAGGAAUAGCUUGUCAGGUUGCUAAAUAUGUGAACUUCCUGUUGGUAGCUGUUUGUUUAGAUGUGACUAUGUGUCUGAGUGCAAAUAUGACAUUUAUAACAUAUUGUCAGUGGCCUGUUGUGUAAAUGAAUCAACAGCCCACUUGCUCAUAAUGCAAAAAUAGGUGACUUAUUUUAAAGAUCCCAAUAAGAGUCUGCAUAAGGCAUUACAAUAAUAUCAGUUAUGUGUAUUAAUAGUUUGUUGACCUUUAAUGCAGCCUUUGAAAAAUCCCUCCAUUUACGGGUGUCUUAUCACAAAGUUCUCUCCUGCUCUGUUUGAUGUGAUGUGAUCAGAAACGUGUUCCCCCUUCUGGCAGAAAUAAGCAGUAAGUGUGAUGGAGUAUGGAUUUAAAAACUGGACCUUCAGAUUUGUGACUGGAUGACAGGUGUGAAAAAGCCCUGACUCAACACCAGUGGCUCCUGCCCAUCACCAGACUUCAGUUUGUUUGUUUUUUCAUCAUACUGUGUACCAUAUUCAGUUCUGUCAGCAUGGUGUUCUUUUCCUCAGUCGACUGUAUCCACUCCUUCAUUUUCCGACUGGAAGCAUUUUUAAAACUCUGUGUGCUGUGUCUCUGUGGUAAACAUCACGCUGCUGCCACCGUGGAUCGAGUGUGUCCAGGGGCAGACAGACAUGCCAUUGAAUGUUUGCUUGUGUCUCCUUGGGCGGAUGUUGUUUAGGAAUUUAAAGCUUUUGUUGGGCCCAUUGUGCUCCAUGUGAGUGCUUCCAUUCACCCAUGACUAACGGCACUGUUUCAGUUAGAAAAUGCUUCAAACUAUUCAAAAUAUUAAUCAUGCAAUUUUCUUAAGACUUUUUUGUUUGUUUGUUUUUGUACGAAUAAAUACUUUACAAUCAA